UCGCCCCUUGUCAAAGCCAGACUUGCAACAAGCAGAGAGAGAGAAGGGAGCUUCGAAGGGGAAGAGCAAACCCUGAGGGAGAUAAAAGCGUUUUCAUUCGAUUAUUGAUUUCGAGAUCUCAAUUCGCCAAUCAAGAAAGUCUAUCCUGUAGGGGCUGGCUGUGUUUCAGAAAUGGAAAAUUCCAAGGGAUCAUCAAACAUCAGAAAUUUGAUGUACACUGGAAAGCAUAAUUUACUUCCGCCUAAAAGUCCUUUUCCUAGUGUUUCUCCAUCAUAUGUUGAUUAUGCCCCUAGCAAUGUAAUAGGAUCAAAAGCUGUUCAAAAGCCUAGGGAUCGUAGUGGACAGCACCAAAGAACUUCUUCGGAAACCCUCUUCAUUGAAGAGCAACCUUCUUGGCUUGAUGAUCUACUUAACGAGCCUGAGACACCUGUUCGCAAAGGAGGUCAUCGGCGUUCAUCAAGUGACUCCUUUGCAUAUGUAGAUGUAGCUAAUGCUUCUAAUGUGGAUUAUGGGGCACAGGACUAUUACAGAAUUAAAAAUAUGACGUCUAUACCUUCCUGGGGUUCGCAAGACUUUGGUUAUCACAAAGAUGCUCACCAUUCUUCUCUCUAUGGUGAGUUGAACUUGGCAAAGCAGAAGAAUAGGGCAUGGGAACCAUCAAUGAAUACUGUGACCCACUCAACUGGACGUCCUGCUAUGAGGGAAAAUAUUUCUCUUCAGAAUUCAGGAUCAUCUUGUUCGCCACUGGAAGUGGAUGGGGUUGCAUUUUCCACAAAUGAAAGGCAGGAUCUGGCUGAAUCCACUCCACCUGACCCCAAAGCUUUGUUUGAGAAAAAAGACGGUCAUGCUAAGCCUUCCACGUCUGAGACAGACACAAAGCGUGCUAAACAGCAAUUCGCUCAACGUUCGCGGGUUCGUAAGCUUCAGUACAUAGCUGAGCUAGAAAGGAAUGUGCAAACUUUACAGGUCGAAGGAUCAGAAGUAUCAGCUGAACUCGAAUUUCUCAACCAGCGGAAUCUUAUUCUGAACAUGGAGAACAAAGCCCUGAAGCAACGUUUAGAAAAUCUAGCUCAGGAGCAGCUUAUCAAAUACUUGGAACAGGAAGUGUUGGAGAGGGAGAUUGGAAGGCUGCGAGCCUUGCAUCAACAGCAUCAACAAGAGCCAUCAUCUGGUCAUCGGCGCUCUAAGAGCAGGGACCUUGAUUCCCAAUUUGCUAAUCUCUCUUUGAAACAUAAAGAUGCCAGUUCUGGACGUGAUCCUGUGACCGGUCCACUCCACACUUAGAUAUUCAGAGUUUUGUUGUAUCCACUGCAUUGCUUCAUUUGGUGCUUGCCAUGGUUUCAGUCAAUGUUGUUCCCUUGUAUGGGAUCAAAUCGGGGUCUUCGAGUCUAGAUACCCUCACCUUACCGAUGAUUCCGGAUUUCGCUUUUACUUUGUUUCUUACUCUUUCGUUUCGAUAAAUGUAGUUUACAUUUUCAUGUGCACCUGGUAGUCGUUGCUGGAAUAUAAUACUCGAGGCAGAUGACUCACCGGAGGUGGUAACUUAUAAAAAAAAAGAUUCAAUCUUUGGGCUGUUCUCGUAUGGUUCAGUCUGGAGAUGGGCAUACUUCAUUUGACUUC